CUUGACACAGUCAGGUGUCCGGACUGCGUGUGCACUGCUACUAAGGACUUGACUACAGGUGACAUUUGUUGUUGUUUUUUUUUGUUUAUAUUAAUUUUUUUUCUUUUGGAAAAGAUGGAGCCUCCUGACUUCGAAGCCAUGAACUUCACGGUGAAGCCCACAGAAGGCGCGUACUACCCGUUGUGUGAGAAAUGGCAAGACGGCUCCGAGGGCUCCGUCUUCCACCUCGCCAACAUCUUCCUAUUUUUGGGCUUCAUGGGAGGGAGCGGCUUUUACGGACAUUUAUAUUUCUUCACCUUCCUGACGUUGGGCUUCUUCUGCACUUCUCUGUGGGCUUGGGGCCACGCAUGCGCACCGGACGCCUUCCUGUGGUGUUUGGCGCUCUUUGCGGCGUCUCUGGGCCAGCUGGUCCACGUCGCCUACAGACUCAAGAACGUCUCCUUCAAAAGGGACUUCCAGGACCUUUACAACUGCCUCUUUAAAAAGCUGGGAGUGUCACUCCCACAAUACGGGAAGAUAGUUUCCUGCUGCGAGGGAGACAUCCACACCAUAGAGAAGGACCACUGCUUCGCCGUGGAGGGGAAGACCACCAUUGAUAAGUUGUCCUUGCUCCUGUCCGGCAGAAUCAGAGUGACAGUUCAGGGCGAGUUUCUACACUACAUCUACCCCUUUCAGUUUUUGGAUUCCCCUGAAUGGGACUCACUCAGACCAUCAGAGGAGGGUGUAUUCCAGGUCACUCUGUCAGCCGACAACCCCUGUACAUAUGUGGCAUGGAGAAGGAAGAAACUCUACCUUCUCUUUGCCAAACACCGCUACCUAGCCAGGAUCUUCGCCCUGGUUGUGCGGAAUGAUAUCGCAGACAAGCUGUACUCCCUUAACGACAAGGCAUUCGACUGCGCCGGGCACCGCUACGAUCUCCGCUUACCCAGCUACUGUCACAUGCCAGAGACCGAAUUAGAAACGGCAGAUGUCGUCCCGGAGGUCCCAGCGCAGGAAUGA